AAUAAAGAACAUUUAAAAGGGUGUUAAAGAUUCAGUAAGAAGACCCAUGUAAAGCGCAUCGAAUAAAACUGCUUACACACACACAUCACGAAGCAGGACACAUGCCGUGUCCAGCCAUGCUGCAUCGAUUGCAUCUGAUUUUGGUCGUCCUGGCCUCGUUUCUUCCCCCUCCAACCAGUCAGCAAUGUUUCAAGGCCAAUGAGUCUCAGUGUGCCAAAGUAGACUUCGCUCCAGGAUCUAAUUUAGCAGGAGAAGGCUUUGACAUCACCACCAUGCAACGGAAAGGAGCCUUUGUCAUUGACAUGAGCGUCUGGCUCCAGAAGGACAAGACCUGCACUCUGUGUAAAAACCCUUAUAUGAGAGGUCAAAAGCAGAAGCUCCCGGUUUCUGUGGUGGACUGGAGACCAAAUCAGAAGUGCAACAUGAAGUUGUCCAGCUCUGUCUACCAGUCCAGCGAGGCCCUGGUCAGCUCCAGCUCGUCCUCCAUAGAGAACAACUGGAAGUCAGACUUGCAAAUAAUCUUUCCAUACGUUCAGGGAUCAGUGAUGAUGGCAGGCACUAAAUCCGAUCUGGCUAAAUAUUUAAUGCAGAAAAGCAAAAACGACAAGUUCAGCUUCACCAGUCAUUCUGUCUCCUGUGGAUACUACAGAUACAGGGUUAAAAGCAAUCCACCCCUGCACCCAGAGCUACUUACUGAACUCCAAAGUCUCCCCAACCGAUAUGAUAAGACUACAAAGCAGAAAUAUUUUGAUCUGAUUGACAAGUUUGGCACUCAUUAUAUCACAAAGGUGACUCUGGGUGGAGAGGUUCGCUCUGUAACCAGCAUCAAGGAGUGCCAGGCGUCCCUUCAGGGUCUGACUGUAGACGAGGUGAAGAUGUGUCUGGAUGUGGAGACGACUGCCAGUAAGGGUCCUGCUGCAGACCUACAGAAUGAAGAUCAUCACUGCAAGCAGGCCAAGGACAAGAGUCUGAACAGAAAGAGCUUUGCUAGCAGCUUUAGGGACAGGGAAACCAGUGUGAUUGGUGGCCACAUUCAGAGUGGCGACCUGCUCUUCUCAUCAAAAACUGUGCCAAAUGCCUACAAGCAAUGGAUUUCAUCUCUGCCUGCUCACCCUGAUGUGAUCUCCUACUCGCUUGAGCCACUUCACAAAUUGCUUAAGGAAAAAAUGAUUAAAGGAAAUCUGCGCAAAUCUAUCGAGCACUACAUUGAACAGAGAGCUCUGGUGAAAGACUGCUCAAGUCGAUGUAAAACUGGUGUGAAGACCAACCCUAAAGAACCGUGCAGCUGCAGCUGCCACAACAACCCAGGUGUGGCCCUCAACUGCUGCCCCAUUCAGAGGGGAUAUGCUAAGGUUACUGUAACUGUGAUUAAAGCCAAGGGAUUACAUGGAGAUUACUGGACUCAGACCGAUGGGUAUGUCAAGCUUCUCCGCAAUGGACGGAUAGUCCAAGGAAAGACCCCUGUGAUCUUGGACCAAAACUCUCCAACAUGGAACAUGGAUUUCAAUUUUGACAAUGAGGACCUGACUCAGUUCAGAAGUGUGACAUUGGAGGUGUGGGACCAAGACAGCGGCUGGGAUGAUGACCUUCUAGGAGCAUGCCCUGUUCCACUGAAAUCUGGAUUGAAUCGAAAUACCUGCUCUCUCAAUCACGGAAUUCUUUAUUAUAAAGUGCUAGUGACGUGCAUCCCUGGUUUGACUGGUCCUUCAUGUACAAACUACAUGCCCUCUCCUAUGGACGCACAGCUGGAGAAAAUCUACGUUUCUCGAAAUGCUCGUCCAAUUCCCAGAAGCAUGCUCCUGGAGAUGGGAGUGCUCCUUGAUGAACGCAUUCCCCGUUUCAACCAGAGCAACAUCCGUAAAGCUGCAGGUUUUGAAUUGUAGACCAACUGUGUAGCUUGCGACCUUAUCACAUAUUCUUAUCAUAAUGUUUAAAGAUGGUGCACAUAAUUUUGGCAAGUUAUUACUGAACCUUUCCUGCUCAUUUGUGAUGCUUUUUGCCUUCUUAAAUGCUUAAUAAAAGUUGCAUGAAGCAAAAAAA